UCGUCACUCGAUCCCGUGUCUCGGGAUACAGACGCUUGGCCCUCACCGAGCGAAGCUGUAUAUGUUUCCAUUAGUUGCGCAACUCAGCAGUUUACGCACAACUAUGGGAACCGCAGUGAGAAGUUAUAACAGUCGGCCUUGCUCGGAUGUUGUCAUGGCAAGGGAACAACUUCCUCUUUAACCUUCUGUGGUAAUUGAAACCUCCACAGAAGACGCGUCUUUACCUUUUUUUUUUUUUUUUACUCUUUCUUUUUCGCAAAACCUGGGAAUAUUCGAGUGUCAAGGUCUCAACAAAAGGUCGCUGCUGUCCGGCAUUUUCAAGCAGGAAUGGCCACUGCAAGGCUUGAUUAUGUGGCUCCGUGGUGGACAUACUGGCUGCACAAUUUCCCUCACUUCAAUUUCUUUUUCCAGUCGGUCGACAGCACUUUCAAACCGGGGGAGGCGAGCUAUCAGCAGUCUCUGGUACUUCUAGCAUGUGUCGGAGCUGUGGGUCUCGGCCUGAGCCUCCUAAUUCUGGCAGUGUACCUGGUCUGCAUGUGCUGCUGCCGCAAGGACGUAGACGAAGACACGAAAAGACCCGAUAACCACUGUGUCGCCUGGGCCGCUGUCAUCACAGGCCUCAUCAUAUGUUCGGCUGUAGGAGUGGGUUUCUAUGGUAACAGUGAGACCAACGACGGGGUGUACCAGCUGACCUACUCACUCUACAGUGCCAACCGCACAUUGGGUGGCAUCAAUAAUCUGGUAGCAGGUUCUAUGGGCAAUGUGGAAACCGGACUCAAACAGCACCUGGCGCGGCUGGAUGAGAUCUUCUCCACGAGCUCCGACUAUCUCAAAACACUGCGCUUCAUGCAGCUGAUGGUAAACAACGUCAUCCGCGAGCUGACCGCUCUGCCAGACAUCAGCAAAGUCAACGUCGACUUGGCAGCUGUUGCUGAACAAACAGCCUACGUCGAGUAUUACAGAUGGCUGACCUACCUGCUGCUGCUGAUCCUGGACCUGGUCAUCUGCCUGGCCUUGUGCUUGGGGAUGGCCAAGCAAUCGCGAUGGCUGCUUAUCACCGUCAUGGCUUUUGUAAUGCUGUCUCUGAUCCUGAGCUGGGCCUCACUGGGAGCAGGGACUGUUACCGCUGUGGGCACCAGUGACUUCUGUGUGUCUCCAGACAAGUUUAUCGUUAACCAAACCACAGACGCCCUCAGUGCAGAUGUCGUGCACUAUUAUUUGUUCUGCAGUCCGAAUCUACCAAACCCCUUCCAACAGUCUUUUACACUCUGCCAGCGUUCUCUGACCACCAUGCAAAUCCAGAUCCAGGGAUUGCUGCUGUUCUCCGUGCCCGUCUUUCCCACCGCUGAGAGAGACCUGUUGGGGAUCCAGCGACUCUUGAACUCCACCGAGUUCAGUCUGCACCAGCUGACAGCCUUGCUUGACUGCCGCGGGCUGCAUAAGGACUAUGUGGAUGCCCUAAUGGGUGUGUGCUACGAUGGGGUGGAAGGGCUCCUCUACCUCUCGUUGUUUUCUCUGCUGGCUGCCUGCGCACUCUCUGCCAUGCUGUGCGCGACUCUCCGAAUGUGGACGCUAAUGGGCAACAGGGACAAAGAGUACGAUGACAUAGACGAGGAGGACCCCUUCAACCCUCAAGCGCGGAGGAUGUCCUACAACCCCAGAAGGUCCAACAUCCACAGCUUCUGCAGCUACACCAGCAGCCACGGCAGCCAGUCCAGCCUCCAACCACCUCCGCAGGCUGCCGCUAAUGUCGUGCCACCCCCUGAAUACAUGAAUCAGUCCAUGCUGUUUGGAGGGAGCCCCCGAUACGAGAACGUGCCACUGAUAGGGAGAGGAUCCCCGCCUCCCUCGACCUUUAAAAACCUACUCGCCCAGUAUGAGGAUCACCUAUCUAUCUAUGACUGACGCCCAGAUCAGACACUUUGGGACGGACUUCCAGGUGUAACCUGCUGCCCCCUGAAUCCCUUUUCAGAGAAGCACUGUAUGAGACUCUGAGUUCUAAUCCACGGCGGCUGUCUUCAUGGAAUAAUCCUGUUUACGGGACCAAAAACCCUGCCGUCCCAGUCCGAGACAUGAAAGCAGGACAUAUGCGACAAUAAGCAGUGCACACCAGUGCAGUGCUCUGAAAGCCCUGCAUGCAGUUUUGAAUGAAGGCCUGGAGAGCUUCAUCUCACGACUGUUACUGCUGUCAAGAUGUGUGGAUAUUUGUUGCUCAAAUGUAAGCAAUGUAAGAGCCUUUUAAACUGAAUGGAUCAAAGACUGUUUUUUGUGUGUGCUUUUUCCUAUAUUUUGGUGGCCUGCGUGGAUAUGAUCAAUAUGGUCUGUAUUUUGAUUUGAGGUGAGAUGACUGAGUAAUGACAAGUUCACAGUCCAACCAUCAACGUAUUUGAUUUCUGAAAGGUCCAUUUUGUUUUGUGGUAAUUUAAUUCCUUCAUAUAUCAGGCCUUGUGUAAGAUAUCAAUGAAAACCAUAUCAAAUAUUGAAGUCGUGAUGUGAACAGACGUGGCCUGGUUAUUUUUUUCCCCUUUCUAGCCACAAAUUUGUGAUCUUGGAUCUUGGAUCUUAUUGUUACACUGGAUUGCAAUGUCUGACCUGCUUAUCAAGGAUGAAUCAAAUAAUCAUAGAUGCUGGGUUUGCUGUUUUGCUACAUUUGAAGACUGCACUGCAGCUGCAUGUGGGAAUAUUUCCGUGGACUAAAUAAACACAGCAGAAUGAGAUUUACUUCAAAUCCAGGCCUCUAUAACUGUGGUGUGAAGCAAUGACAGCACAAAAAGGACAAAUGAAACAAAACUGUCAGCACUAUAAUGUGCUGUGUUGUAAUUAUGCCCAAUUUUGAAAUGCUCAAUAGCAUAAAACAACCAGUGCCACCAGUUACUGGAAGGACAUAAAUUAACAUUGUUGGAGAGCUCUGAUGUAUGCUGUUUUGUGUGGUGGAUGACUUAUCAAACAAAAAUAAUGUUUGAACAUAAAAUGCUGUAUGCAGA